AUGGUGCUUCAACAAUUCGAUUACAUAUUCGCUCUGGGCACCAUCUUUGCCUUCCUAGAUGCUUGGAACAUUGGUGCAAACGAUGUCGCCAACUCCUUUGCGACAUCGGUCUCGUCCCGAUCCAUCACGUACCUCCAAGCCAUGGCCAUUGCCUCGGUGAUGGAGUUUGCUGGAAGUGUCGCCGUCGGUGCCCGUGUUGCAGAUACCAUCCGAACAAAGAUCGUCGACCCGGACCUAUUCGACGACAAUCCUGCGAUGCUGAUGUUGGGUAUGAUGUGUGCUGUCAUCGGCUCAUCUAUCUACCUGACGAUUGCGACCAAGCUUGGCCUGCCCGUUUCAACCACUCAUUCAAUCAUGGGCGGUGUCAUUGGUAUGGGCAUUGCGUCUGUCGGUGCGAGUCAAGUCACUUGGUGGGGAGGAGAUGUCAACUCGGGCGUCGUGUCGGUCUUUCUGGCUUGGAUCAUCGCACCAUUCUGCGCCGGAGGCUUCUCGUCCAUCAUAUUCUUGGUCACUAAAUACGGUGUCAUGAUCCGUCGCAAUCCAUUGAUGAAGGCACUCGUUUCAAUACCCAUCUACUUUGGCAUUACCUCGGCCCUCAUCACCAUGCUCAUCGUCUGGAAGGGUGGUUCUGCUCGUAUAGACAUCACCGGCUCGGAAACCAUCGGGAUCAUCUUUGGCGUUGGUGCCGCCGUCGCUCUCUUGGUCGCCGUCUUCUUCUGUCCUUGGCUCUACAGGGUUCUGCUCAGGGGCGACUGGGAAUUAAAGUACUAUCAUAUCCCACUGGGGCCUCUUCUCCUGUGGCGUCCGGAACCUACCCCACCACCCGAGGACUAUCAAGUCACGAAGGAUUACUACUAUGGCCAUAAGACUAUGGAAGAGCUCAAAGCAGAACGCGAAGCACACGGCGCCGGCGCCGGUGCGGCAAGGCUCGGCGACGAAGAGAAUCAUGGAGCCCACCUUUCCGAGAAGACCCAUCCGGUCACCGACGACAGUACCAGAUCCGAUAGUGAUUCUGGACGCGCCGGACAAGCUGCAAUGGCGAUGAAGAAGAAGGAUCCCAGGAACCCCGACAAGUUCGAAAUCAUCGGGCCCCGACCACAGGGCGGCAACUUCUCUCCGGCUGUCCUGUUCUGGCAAUUCAAGCGCGUCUUCUUCCGUGGCGUAGAGCAAGACAUCAUCUCCCAGCAGAGCAAGGCCAACCUGUUGAGCGGCGACAUCGAAAAGACCCACGCCUACGUGUCCCACUACGACAACAAGGCCGAGUACUUGUAUUCGUUCCUGCAGGUCUUGACGGCGUCGGCGGCUUCAUUCGUCCACGGAGCCAACGACGUCUCCAACGCCAUCGGCCCUUACACUUCCAUCUACCACAUCUGGAGAACCAACGAGUUGGGAAGCAAAGUCCCCGUGCCCUAUUGGAUCUUGGUGUUUGGCGGCGCGGCCAUCGUCAUCGGUCUGUGGACCUACGGCUACAACAUCAUGCGCAACCUGGGUAACCGCAUCACACUACACUCUCCGUCGCGUGGCUUUUCGAUGGAACUCGGUGCUGCGGUCACGGUGAUCAUGGCGACCCGGCUGAAACUUCCCGUCUCCACUACACAAUGUAUCACCGGAGCCACGGUCGGUGUCGGUCUCUGUACAGGCACUUGGAGAACUAUCAAUUGGCGUAUGGUUCUCUGGAUCUACGGCGGUUGGAUCAUUACAUUACCCUGCACCGGUAUCAUCUCGGGAUGUCUGAUGGGCAUAAUCAUCAACGCUCCUCGAUGGGGAUUCAACUACUCCACUUGAAACACGACGUUGGGCCGUUUUGGUAUACUAGUACUCUGAUGGUAAUGUGCUGGAGUUUAUUUCAUCGCACCCGAGGUAGAUACCAUCAUGAGCGUGUUGACGCACAAGAG